GAGGGGAAGGAGGAGAGACAGAAGGGAGUGGGCUGCCGAGGCUGGAGCAAAAGCAGUAGCAGCGGGGAGCUCUGGGUAAGGAGUGUUCGGUGGCGGCUGCUGCUGCCGCCGCCACCGCUACGUUAAGCUGCUGCUGUUGCUUUAGGAGUGAAAGGAAGCGGAGCCGAAGGAGGAGGGGGAUCCGAUUGCAGCCAUGCUGAAUCACAGGCGCUGAUUUUCCCAGCUUGCGGCUGCCUGCACCCGGAUCGCGGACAACGGUGGGAGACGCGGCAUUGCCCGAGGACUGGGGACGGGGGUGCAUGCAGAGUUCAAGCUCCACUCCGACUGCGCACAAUGGACGACGAAAGCAGCAAGCGGUCCCCUCAGCCACCUGAGGCAGAUGCAGAUAAGGACCAGCGAACAGUAACCUUCAAUCCAUGUCACAUGGGAAAGGCAUUCAAAGUCAUGAAUGAAUUAAGGAGUAAGUGCCUUCUCUGUGAUGUGGUGAUCGUUGCUGAAGAUGUUGAGAUUGAAGCCCAUCGUAUUGUGCUGGCAGCCUGCAGUCCAUAUUUCUGUGCAAUGUUUACAGGAGAUAUGACGGAAAGCAAAGCAAAGAAGAUUGAAAUCAAAGAUGUUGACGGGCUAACAUUAAGUAAGCUAAUUGAUUACAUCUACACGGCUGAGAUAGAGGUCACAGAAGAGAAUGUUCAGGUUUUGUUGCCAGCAGCCAGCCUAUUACAGUUAAUGGAUGUUCGGCAAAACUGCUGCGACUUCCUUCAGGCUCAGCUUCAUCCCACAAAUUGCCUUGGAAUUCGCGCCUUUGCAGAUGUGCAUACUUGCACUGAACUAUUGCAACAGGCCAACGCCUAUGCAGAGCAGCAUUUUCCUGAAGUGAUGGUUGGUGAAGAAUUUCUUAGCCUUAGUCUGGAUCAGGUUUGCAGCUUGAUAUCUAGUGACAAGCUUACAGUUUCAUCAGAGGAAAAGGUGUUUGAAGCUGUCAUUUCAUGGAUAAAUUAUGAAAAAGAGUCUCGUUUGGAACACAUGGCAAAGUUGAUGGAGCAUGUCCGACUCCCUCUCUUGCCCAGAGAUUACCUUGUACAGACAGUUGAAGAAGAAGCGUUAAUCAAGAAUAAUAAUACAUGUAAGGACUUCCUUAUUGAGGCCAUGAAAUAUCAUUUACUCCCUCUGGAUCAAAGACAACUGAUAAAGAAUCCUAGAACUAAGCCAAGAACACCAGUCAGUCUGCCAAAGGUAAUGAUCGUAGUGGGUGGACAAGCCCCCAAAGCCAUUCGAAGUGUAGAGUGUUAUGAUUUUGAGGAGGAACGAUGGGAUCAAAUUGCUGAACUUCCUUCUCGGAGAUGUAGAGCAGGGGUGGUAUUCAUGGCAGGCAAAGUCUACGCUGUGGGAGGUUUUAAUGGCUCUUUAAGAGUUCGAACAGUAGAUGUAUAUGAUGGAGUGAAAGAUCAGUGGACAUCAAUAGCCAGCAUGCAAGAAAGGCGAAGCACUUUAGGAGCAGCUGUGUUAAAUGAACUUCUGUAUGCUGUUGGUGGAUUUGAUGGAAGCACAGGUCUGGCAUCGGUGGAGGCAUAUAACUAUAAAAUCAAUGAGUGGUUUUUUGUGGCUCCUAUGAACACAAGGAGAAGCAGCGUUGGAGUUGGAGUUGUGGAGGGUAAACUGUAUGCUGUUGGUGGUUAUGAUGGAGCAUCACGGCAGUGCCUUAGUACUGUGGAGCAGUAUAAUCCAGCUGCAAAUGAGUGGUCCUACGUGUCAGAUAUGAGUACUCGGCGCAGUGGUGCAGGUGUUGGCGUCCUUGGUGGACAGUUAUAUGCUACAGGAGGACAUGAUGGUCCUUUGGUGAGGAAAAGCGUGGAAGUAUAUGAUCCUGGGACAAAUACUUGGAAACAAGUGGCAGAUAUGAAUAUGUGCAGAAGAAAUGCGGGGGUUUGUGCAGUGAAUGGGCUUCUCUAUGUGAUUGGAGGAGAUGAUGGUUCUUGCAACUUGGCAUCUGUAGAAUACUAUAAUCCUGUCACUGAUAAAUGGACAUUAUUACCAACCAAUAUGAGCACUGGGAGAAGUUAUGCAGGUGUAGCUGUGAUCCAUAAACCAUUGUGACACACCUUCAAGUGAAUGCAAAGAUAAGAAAUAAUGUCAAUCUAGCAUGGUGGGUUUGGAAAGAGAGCUGAUAUCUGACUUCUAUCUGCCCCAUUGGUGUUGCACUUCUAGCAUGACAAGUAUAUGCUAAGACUACCAACCUCUACUCGGUGAUGGGCACUACAGAAAUGUGAAAACCCUGGUGUGAACAUGUUCCAGAAAUAAGAUGUUGCUUGUUUCCUUGGCUCAAUCAGCUGUUUUAUGUACAGCCAGGCACCAAACUGAGUUUGAACUGUUUUGCAAGUUAAAGGAAAAUGAUUCUCUAACAAGCGAGUGGGAGAAAUGGCCUAUUGGAAUGCUUCACUAAUGAAGUUGCAUAUAAACUGUAUGUUCUAGAAGCUGUUUCCCAUUUCCUUAGUACACCUGCUAGAUGAAUUUACUACUGAGGCUGGAUUUUUUAAAAUAUCCAUCAAAAGAACUUGGCCUGAAAACCGGCCAGAAGAAAUAGACUGGGAGCUCUAGCUCAUACAGUAUAUCGUCUCUGACCUGUGUACAUAUAUAUAGUUGACUACUGCAUAUGUGUUACUUUGGACACUGGAGGUGUACCUUGUGUGACUUGCAUCCUCGUCACAGAAGAGCAUCCAUCAAAUCUAUUCUGUAUAAAGGAUUUGAUGAGCCAGGAAGUGCAUUUCUUUGGGGUGAAAGAAUACUUCAGCUGCCCAAAGUCCAGUAACCCUACUGAAAUGCAGGGUCUGGUUCACCAAAUCUGGCAGAGCUUUAAUGACAUUUCAGGAUGAAUUCUGCUCAAAGCUGACCUUUUCAAGAACUAGAGCAUGAUCCUGUGUUUCUUAGCUAUUGCCAACACUUCAGAAAAAUCCCAGCCCUCCUAUCUUGUAAGGGUGUGAGGUACCAUGAGAGUGCACUUAAAGAUAAUCAGCUAUGGUUGUCACCAAAUGCCAGAAACUUCUGGAAUCCAGUGACAGAUUUGGGCUUCCACAGACACAGGGGCCACUAGGUUUUUUACCAUGCAUUGAUGUUCACAUCAUUGUGCAUAAGAGAGAAGAGAUGUGUAGGCAAACUAAAUAAAUUAAAUGAGCAACAGAUUAUCUAGAAAGAAGUAAAUCUAAACUCAGCUUAAAUUGGAACUGACUGGAUUUAACCAUCCUACGUACUUUUCACUCUUUGGGACAAAUGCCUGCGAAGUACAUAGGAAUGGGUAAAAACCACCACUACCGUUCCCAAGAUAUGCUUCCACCAUAUAGAUGUUUAAUUCUUCCAACUAUUCUUUGUAGCUCCCCCUGCAAAUAUUUUCUAUGUUCAUAGUAUUAACUGUAAAAAAAAAUUUUUUUGAAGUUUUAAACAUUAUUUCAGGUAAACAGAUAAAAAAGGAAUCCCAAAUUCAACAAAAUGGCUUGAUGUGUCUAAAAAGCAUCUUGCGGCUCCUAACAUUAUCAAACUGAAAAUCAUUUUGUUCCUCAACAGCUUUUAUUCUUCUACCUUCCUCCUCUUGUGGCAUAUAUAAUGCCGACAAAAAUUCCAGUGGAAAAUGAAUAGGAAGUGCCCCACCCCCUUUAAAAAAAUACUGUUUACAUUGAUAGGGGAGCUUUUUAAAAACAAACCUUUGUGUGCCCCCCUUUUCUGUUCAAAUUAUAUUCUGUACUGUACAGAAUAUAGUUCUAACUGAAUGAUGGAGCAGGGUCCAUCAUUCAGUCAAUCAGAUAGUUAGUUCAGUUAGUCUGUUGUAGACCUGACUAUUUUUUUUAACAAGGGCUUUCAUUCAUUGAUUAGUUUUUAAAAAGCAGUUACAUCUUAUGACACUCGUAGUCUGGCACAGAUACUAUAGUUCAAAAUAUACUUGAAGAAUGCACCUAUAGAAUUGACAAUUGCUCUUUAAAACACAUGUGAGCAGGAGACUGUUCAUCACUUCUGUAUUCCUAAGAGAAAACAUGGUGAUUGCUACAUGUUCACCCUUCAUAUUUUCUGCCAGUGUGGCCUGCUGCUAAAGACUUGCUUCCUGGGAUCAGAGGAAUCUCUCAUCUAAGGUCCAGUUUAUGCAUUAUACUUCCUAGUACAGAGGCUGCUAUAAAUAGCCUCCCAUCUCUGUGUAGGGAAUUCCACACUGAAGCUAUGUCUACAGCCAUUUAAUAGUGCCCUCAUGUGGAGAAUAGCCACCCCACUGCUGCUAGAAUCGUGUGUGAAUGAAGAUACCUUUUGUGGUGGCAAUAAUUCAUGUGGUCAGCCACUCUAGAUCUCACAGUUGUGGAUGUGGACAACUAAAUACUUGGUAGAUGCUUCCAGGGUUCUCCAUGUGGAGAAUAUGAGGAGCUGAAUCCAAACUUGUGUUAAGUGGAACCAAGUUUGUUCAAGGAAUCUUCCUUGUUUCCUCUUCCCUGCUGCAGCUUUUUGAGCCUUUCUAAAAACCCUCCCAAGGAUUGAUGGGCCCUUGGGAACAGCAUGGCAUGUGAUGCAGGGAGCUCACGUGGAAAAGGGGAAUCGGUAGAAACUAGGCAGAGGUACCUCCUAGUCUAUUCGCAAAAGGUGCUUCUGCCUGGUUUCCAGGAAUUCCCACUUCUGGCUGCAGCCCUCGCACCACCACAUGCCACACCAUCACCUAGAAUCCACUGACCCUAAGCAGCCUUGGAGUAUGUGGUGGUGGGGAGCUUAGGGGACUGCAGUAGGGAAGAUCUCUUGGCCAAGUUUGGUAUAAUCCAAUAUGUACACCAUUGCUCAGGUCCACUAAAUACAGUGGCUGACAUAUUGUACAGCAAGUUGCUCAACCUAGAGGUUUGCUUCCGCACUAGCCAAAGCCUGUUCAUGCAGCUUCCCAAAUCGGAGGCUGCUCCGUGCCCUUGAAGCUGUGAGUCAUUGCUGACGCUCCACUACUGCCAUUAUUUCCCAUGGCAGUAGCAGUGCAGCAGCAAUGUCACACAGCUUCAUAUCCAGAAGUUGCGGGGAUGGGCUCUUGGCUGACUUGGAAACAACAAACCCACAUCCCUCUUGAAUGGACAGCUCACUGUACAAUAUGUCAACCAGUAAGAACUUGCCUCCAAUAUCAGUACCCUUGAGACUGAUUAAACACUUGAGGCCAUACUCCCUCAUUUAAUGAUUCAGAUGUUGUCAUGGAUGCACAUGCACUGAAAAUGAAUGAGCUGUUUAUUCUGUUGUGCCAGUUGUAUUUCAGCAUCAACAAGCAGUAUAUUUUUGAGCUAUGUCUAUGCCCUAUGAACUACUAUAGUGAUAAUUUUUGAAGCAGUUCUCAAAUCGCACCUGUUUCUGUAUAACAUCUGGAAAAAUCACGUACGUGUGUGUGUGUGUGUGUGUGUGAAAAUAUGAACAGUCAGGACCCUUAUAAAUGGCUUUGUUCUCAGCAUAGAGCCACUUAUUUCUAGCAAAUGGUAUAUAUCACUCCUUCCGUGUGUAAACUUGCAGGGUUAAUGCAAGUUAAGUGACCUCAUUUUUCAGCUAUGCAAUAUUAAUAAUUGCUACACAACAAACCAGCUGCAAUAGCCCCUUAAAGCGCUUUCAAAAUAUCUUACAUUGGGUGUGCAUUUUUAAUAUUUGUACAGAGCCGAUUCUGAGCCAGAUCCUUUAAAAGAUUGCCUUUUUAUAGGGCUUGACUAUAUAGCUUUAGAGCCAACAAAUUUUAAUGUAGCUAUUUUUGUAAGAUAAUUCUAGAGUUCUUGGAUGUACUUCUAUUUUGGUGGUAUUAUGAUUAGUGUCUAAUCUUUACACCACGGGCCCAGUUCUCAUCAGCCAUUUGUGAAUGGUGGCUUGUAUGUUUCUUUUCAUGAAAAAAAUAGAAGAAAACUUAUUUGGUUUCUCUUGAACUUAUUAAAAGGAUGCUGCACAAUUCAUUCUUAAUUGGCAGUGGGCUGUUUUAUCUGUGACUAAUAGCACCCUAAAUGGAUGGAUUUUAAAAAAAUUAAUUGAAAUAUUUUGUUUGCCUUGGUUGGUUUGGCCUUUUGUUCAGCUCACAGUGCACUGAAAUUGUGUGUCUGAGCAGAAUUCUGAAACAAAUGUUAAAGCACAUCUAACAAUGG